AUGCCCGCAAAUCUUCCUCCAUGCUUCAACCCUACCGCUCAGGAUGUCGAAAUGCUUCUCGCAGCACAAUGCCAUCUUGGAUCAAAGAACUUGCAGGUUCACAUGGACCCAUAUCUGUGGAAGACUCGGCCUGAUGGCAUUAACGUAAUCAAUAUUGGAAAGACCUGGGAGAAAAUCGUCCUCGCAGCCCGCAUUAUUGCCGCAGUCGACAAUCCAGCCGACAUCUGUGUCAUCUCCGCCCGUCCCUAUGGCCAGCGUGCUGUCCUCAAAUUUGCCGCACACACCGGAGCCGUCGCCAUCGCAGGCCGUUUCACGCCCGGAAACUUCACCAACUACAUCACGCGCUCCUUCAAGGAACCACGACUGAUCAUUGUCACCGACCCACGAACCGACGCCCAAGCCAUCAAAGAAGCAUCCUACGUCAACAUCCCCGUCAUCGCCCUUUGUGACACAGAUUCCCCCACCGAAUUCGUCGAUGUAGCCAUCCCAACAAACAACAAAGGUCGCCACGCUAUCGGCCUGAUCUGGUGGAUGCUGGCUCGUGAAGUCCUCCGUCUGCGCGGUACUCUCGCUUCGCGAGAUGUGGAGUGGGACGUUGUUGUCGAUUUGUAUUUCUACCGCGACCCUGAGGCCGAGGAGAACAAGGAGACGGGUGAGGAGGCCAAGGUUCCUGGCGCGGAUGAGGUUGGAGAGACAGCGAUCGCCACGGGCUAUGCCGGCAAUGCGGACUGGGAGGUCAGUGGGACGACGGCACAGCCAUCUGCUGCGUUUGGGGAUGGAGCGGCAGCGGCUCAGCCAGCUACGAAUUGGGAUACCAAUGAGCAGACUGGUACGGAUUGGGCUACUGGUGGUGGAGCCGUGCAGGCGGCGCCUGAUUCUGGGUGGUAG